AGAGAGAGAGGAAGUGGAAGUGAGCUGCUAGGAAGCUUCGUCAUGGACUGAGAUUGCGAGGGAGUAUUCUGUUAGACUAAUUUUCGGCGUUAAUUAAGGCUUUCUACUUUUACAAUGAUUUGAUGUCAGGAAUUGAAAAAGCUGUUGAUGACUCUUAAUCCUCGACGGACUAAAUUAUAUGAAUUUAUUACAAAGAACAUUAUGUUAUCGUGGAGAGACGACCUAGCUAUGACAAUUGCCUGGUUGGAUGAAAGCAUGAGAAAUAGUAAUAAUAAUAACAACAACAAGCACUGCUGUAGGUUAGAAGAGUGGGGAGCAGCUGGCAUUAAGGUGGGCGUUUAAAGUGUGAAUAGGAAGUUCUUGAACCACUUCUUCUAGGAGACUGUUAAUCAUAAAGGGCAAAAAAAAUCACAACUGAGAAUUGGGUUUCUAUCAAUAUGCCUUUUGUCCAACAAGGAGGGAACUUGCCUAAGGAGUACUUGCCCCUAAGAGGGGCAUUCGCUAGAAGAACACUUAUCCUAGCCAGAAGGAAACUCAUAUCGACGAAGGAAGUCAUUAUCUGAUUAAUAGGAGAUGCUCGCUUAUGCAUAUUCAAAUGCGGUGAUUUACAGUACACAAAUAGAGUUGCUCUUAUGUACAGGACAAAAUCAGUUACAAUACCAGAAAGUGGAGUGAAUAUAUGCCCUUUGAAAUUUAAUGAAUAUAUUCCUUGUCAUGAUGCAUCUUAUUUAACAAAGUUGCUCCCAAAACUAGAUACUUCUCGAGAAGAGCAGCUUGAGAGCCAUUGUCCUGAAUUAGAGGACCGCUUGUUUUGCCUGGUUCCACCACCUUUUGACUAUAAAAUACCAAUAAAAUGGCCACUUAGUAGAGAUUAUGUUUGGCGUAGUAAUGUGAAUCAUUCACAUCUCGCUGAAGUGAAAGGAGGACAAAAUUGGGUUCAUGAGAAAGAUAAGCUAUGGUGGUUCCCUGGUGGCGGUACACAUUUUAAGCAUGGAGCUGCUGAGUAUAUUGAGAGGCUUGGAAAUAUGACAACUAAUGAAACAGGUGAUUUACGUUCAGCUGGAGUUGUUCAGGUUUUGGAUAUUGGGUGUGGUGUUGCCAGUUUUUCGGCUUAUUUACAACCUUUAGACAUUCAAACAAUGUCCUUCGCUCCUAAAGAUGGCCAUGAAAAUCAGAUCCAAUUUGCUUUGGAGCGUGGAAUUGGUGCUAUGAUAUCUGUUUUGGCUACGAAACAGUUGCCCUUUCCUCGGCGAUCUUUUGAAAUGGUUCAUUGCUCACGAUGCCGUGUUGAUUGGCAUGCAAAUGAUGGCAUACUUCUUAAAGAAGUUGACCGUCUUUUGCGACCACAGGGAUAUUUCGUGUACUCUGCUCCACCUGUGUAUAGAAAGGAUAAAGACUAUCCAGUCAUAUGGCAAAAGUUGAUUAAUCUGACUACAGCUAUGUGUUGGAAGCUAAUUGCUCAGCAGGUCCAAACUGCCAUAUGGUUGAAAGAGGAUAAGGAUUCAUGUUUGUCAGAGAAUGCAAAAAAGAAUCUACUGACGAUAUGUGAACCACUGGAGAUUACAAUACCACAGUGGCAAAGCCCUUUAAGUAAUUGUAUAACUUCAAGCGAUCAAUAUGAUUUUCGGAAGCUACCUCCCAGAUCUGAUCGCCUUGGGGUUUAUUCAAAAAUUCUUGAAAAAUUAGGGGUUUCUCCAGAAAUGUACGAACUUAACACAAAAUUCUGGAAAGGGCAAGUCAGUCAGUAUUGGAAACUGAUUGGCAUCAACACGGUGGAUAUCAGGAAUGUUAUGGAUAUGAAUGCUUGUUAUGGUGGAUUUUCUGUGGCACUGAGUAACCUACCUAUUUGGGUGAUGAAUAUUGUACCAGCAACCAUGAGUAAUACGCUUUCUGCUAUAUAUGACCGUGGAUUAAUUGGUGCUUUUCAUGAUUGGUGUAACCCUUUCUCUACCUACCCCCGCACAUAUGAUCUGUUGCAUGCAUAUCAUCUUUUGUCUCACUAUCAAUCUGGUGAGAGAAGUUGCUCAAUAGAAGAUAUUCUUCUGGAGAUGGAUCGUAUCAUCCGUCCUCAGGGCUAUAUCAUUAUUCGAGACGAAGAUUCACUUGUGUUGAGAAUAAAAGGCAUUGCUCCUAAGUUCCUGUGGGAUGUCAGCUUGCAUAUGCUAGAAAAUGAGGAUAAGAAAAUGGAACUGGUCUUAAUAUGCAGGAAAAAGUUCUGGACUAUUGUUUGAGGCAUUUAUUGAAACUGGAGAUUUUUGAUCAUUUUAAUGCUCUUUCUAGCAUUGAACCUAUAUAAUUUGAUAGAUGGGCAGAAGUUUUCAAUCAUCAACCUCAUCCAUAUGAUGGGCUAAAAACUGAGGUUGCUUGUUCUACUAUAUAUUUUCCCAGAUUUGAGCAACAUUUCUUCAAGUUUACUGGAAGAUCUUAUUUCUAUGUUUGCUUUCAUGAGUUUCGAUCCUUUGCCGUUAUAGUUACAAAUGCACUUGUGCAUCACGCCAAACUCAGCCGCAUAUUUCAGUUUUGAUCGUUAGAUUGAAUUCGGCCUUUUAUUUCAGAACUAAAAUGUGUGAUUGGAUUAAUAAAACCUACAUUGGUGCGGUUCUCACUAUAUCUAUGAAAAAAUCCAUACCACAAUUUCUUCAUUCCUGCAACUGAUAUCAAGGAUUUUAUAUCCCCAGUUUAAUGGCCAAUUGAAAUAUUUCUACUGUGUUAA